GGGCUAAGGGAAAGACGUUUUUUUGUUUUUUUUUUUUCUUUCACCAUCCAAUCGCUGACUGGUGCCUCUCAUCGGACAGUGUAACUGAAGCCAGAGAGCACAGGAGCCAGUUGAUGCAGUUCAUCCCUUUCAGCUUCCUGGGAUGCAGAGCAAGACACCAGAAGGGGAGUCCCAGAUGUUCUUCUAGUCAUACACCAAGGCUCGACCUGCUGAUGGCAUGAGCAUGGAGAGAAACCCCAGCCCUGCUGCUAUCUUCUCAGGCAUCUGCAGGCUCUCCUAGCUGUUGCUGUCACUUAUUAGAGCCACAAUGUGCUGCAGGACGGCGACACUCUGUAAACAAGGCAUUUGUCUUGUCAACUUCAGCUAUUUUGGUGGAUCUGUAAUGGUAUCUAAUGUGCUUUCAGUCUUCUUUCCCUCAUGAUAGUAAGAAGCUGAUAUUUUAGAUGAUCCCCUUAUGAGUCCACCUCCUGGAGGUCCACAACCGGGAACUGCUACAGCCCCUGGUUCUGACGGGGGACAGUCUUCCAGAUGGUCUCCCCCUAGCGCUCCACCUGGGCUGCUGGAAAUCCCUCCACCUUAUCCCUCCAGCCCUGUCCUAUAUCCUCCGUUACCAGAGGUGAGUCCUGCCAGAACUACAUGAAGAGGGGCUACCUACCAGCCUCCCAAUACCAAACUCUGUCCCUUAAGGCAGCAGUCCCCAGCCUUUUUGGCACCAGGGACAAACAUGGAAGACAGGUUUUCCAUGGAUGGGGGCCAGGGGGGAUGGUUCAGGCGGUAAUGCCGCUGAUGGGGAGCUUCGCUCACUCGCCCGCCGCUCACCUCCUGCUGUGCGGCCCAGUUUCUCACCGGUACAGGUACCAGUACCGGUCUGCGGCCCGGGGGUUGGGGACCCCUGCCUUAAGGGAAGGACCGGCUGGUGACAGAGGAACAAUUAGAGUCCAUAUCCCUUUUCCUAUGGCUGAACUAGCUACUUGAAAAGAGAAAUUUGGACGUUUUUCUGAGGAUCCCAGUCAGUUUGUAGAGGAAUUCACCAAGCUGACAAUGCCCUAUGAACUUACUUGGGGGGGACACACAGGUCCUUCCUUCUACCUGCUGCACCUUUGAAGAUAAAAGCCGGAUCCUUGGUGCAGCUCAGGCAUAUACCAAUGAACUGGCAGCCCAAAAUCAAGCUCUCUACCUUACUGGAGGGGAUGCAAUCCCUGACCAAGACCCCCACUGGGACUACCAACAGGGAGGCAGAUGGCUUGAAUGCAAGAGCCACAUGAUAACUUGCCUCAUAGAAGAGAUGAAAAGGUGUGUUGUUAAGUCUGUUAAUUAUGACAAAGUCAGAGAAGUAACACAGGGAAAAGAUGAGAAUCUGCCCCUCUUCCAGGCUGCCUGGUGGAAGCCUUUAGAAAGUAUACCAAUGUUAAUCCUGACACCCCUGAAGGGUAAGUCCUAGUAAAUACCCGUUUUGUCACUCAAUCUGCCCCAGACAUAAGGAGACAAUUACAGAAAACAGCUAUGGGACCCCAAACCCCCAUAAAUCAGCUCAAGGACUUUGGCCUUUGGAGUAUUCAACAAUAGAGUUAGGGUUGAGGAAACAAAAAGGAUUCAGGGACAACAAUGAAAGGCACAUUACUGGUGUCAGUCCCUUCACCACCUCAGGGUUACCCUCCCUUACAAAGCCUAUGAUGAAGGCAGGAUCUAGAAAAUCUGGAUCAGAGCCACUGCCCCUCCGAGAAGGGACCUAUUUUAAAUGCAGCCAGGAAGGCCUCUGGAAGAACGAAUGCCCCCAGUGUGGAAAAAGUCCACCGAGACCCUGCCCCAUAUGCAAACGAGAGGGUCACUGGAAGCUGGACUGCCCCCAGUCCCAAAGGGGACUUGGGGGUCCAAACCCAUAAUGGCCGAGAGGACUGAAGACUGACAGGGCCCAACCAAACCCUCCCUGGCUGCCAAAAGACACCUGGUCAUUUCCCGGGAGGAGCCUCGGGUAAUCCUUGACGCGGCACAUAGGGAAGUUGGUUUUUUUUUAUUAGAUACGGGGGCCGCCUGCUCUGUGCUGACUGAUUUCCCUGGACCCUUGUCUUCGCAAUCCUGUAUAAUAACAGGGAUUGUUGGAUGGCCCAAAGCCAGGUGAUUCACACACCACCCGCAGCUGCUUACUAGGAAGUUUUAUCCUUGCACACUAGUUUCUGUUCAUGUCUGAGUGUCCCAUCCCCUUGUUGGGGGGACUUGCUCACUAAAUUCUAGACAGUAGUUCAAUCUGGAGACCCUCUCAGAGAAGGGACCCACCAGGAGAAACAACUGCUCUUAGCCAUGGGAGCCUGCCUCAGUCACAGAUCAGAGGAGGUCUCCCUUCCACCUCAUAUUGUUUCUCAAGUAAACCCCUCUGUCUGGGACACUGAGGUUCCUGGCGGAGCUACUAACGUGCCCCCAAUUCAGAUUUCAUUCAGAUCCAGUGCUGACUACCCAUGGAACAAACAGUAUCCCUUGUGGCCCAAGGCCCAACGAGGUAUCCAGCCUUUAAUAACCAAGUUCUUAAGAUAUGCUCUGUUAUCCAGUCUCUGUGCAAUACCCCCAUUCUGUCCAUAAAAAACCAAAGUAGCGAACACAGGUUUGUUCAAGACCUGAGAGCUGUUAAUGAGGUAGUAGUUCCAUUUUACCUGAUAGCCCCUAAUCCAUACACCGUACUGACCCAAGUCCCAGAAAAUGCCAACUGGUUUACAGUGCUAGACCUAAAGGAUACCUUCUUUUGCAUUCCCCUGCACCCAGACUCCCAGUACCUCUUUGCCUUUGAGUGGACAGAUGCAGACACUCAUAGCACUUCGCAGCUAGCCUGGACUGUGCUGCCCCAAGGCUUCAGGGAUAGCCCUCACCUGUUUGGAAACGCAUUAGCAAAGGUUUGCCAGGUCCUGAACCCAGCUACUCUAAUGCCGGAUCCCCCACCCCAAGGGUCCCUCAUUCACUCCUAUGCAGAGACUAUUGGACAAGUUUAUUCCAGUAGGCCAGACCUCAAGGAUGAGUCCCUGAACAAACCUGAUGCAAAAUGGUUUACCUAUGGAACGAGUUUUAUACAUGAAGGGGUGAGAAAGGCCAGCCUGCAGACAACUGUUGAGUCUGGAUCUCUACCCUCUUACACUUCUGCCCAAAAGGCCGAGUUGAUUGCCUUGACAAGAGCACUCCAGCUAGGAAAGGAUUCCAAGUAUGGAUUCCUAGUACUACAUGCCCAUGCUACCAUAUGGAAAGAAAGGGGACUACCAACAGCCAAAGGAUCCCCUAUAAAACAGGCAGAAAUUCUAGAACUCCUAAAAGCGGUCCAGUUUCCAAAGAAGGUUGCAGUUGUUCACUGCAGGGGUCCCCAAAGGGGCCGUACCUCCCUUAUAAGGGGAAAUGCCCUGGCAGACAAGGCUGCUAAGACGGUGAAGAACAGCCAGUUCUACAAGCUGCAGCUCUCAUACCCGACAGUCCACCCUUCCCAAUGGUGCCAUCUUAUACACCUGAAGAACUCAACUGGGCUAAACGUGGGGGACUGGAAAGAGGCCUCUCCGGGUGGCUGACAGAAGAUAACAAGCUUUUCUCUUCCUGACUUACUUCAAGAGAGUGGCAUGGAAUAUAUACACUACCAAAUGUAAAACCGAUAGCUAGUGGGAAGCAGCCGCAGAGCACAAGGAGAUCAGCUCGGUGCUUUGU